CAUCACGCGCACGGACUUGUUAGUCCAAUCAUGACCGGCUGAUGGGAAUCCGGGGAACGCGAUCCGUCUCCCUAUAGCGAGAAGGAUCACAGUGGGCGCAUCUGGUUCCGAGGUCCAGACAAACCUUCAAGAGCCUUUGCGGCAAAAACAGCAUCCGUAUGGUAGCAGGGCGUCGAGAGAUUGCUUUGUGCAGCCUCCUACAUCAGCGAUCGGUCAGUGUCAAUUCAAUCGCAGGCGAAGUUGUAUCGUGGGUGCGCCUCAGUCAUGCAAACCAAAGCGACUUUGCAACCGAUACUAUUUUGUUGCAUGCGAUAUUGCUUGUGCAUACAACUCGUGCAAUUACUCAAUUUCUCACGAACGCAUCUUCGGGCUCAACGAGUCUUCGCAUCCGGCCAUGGUCAAAAAGGAGGACGUGGGCAUCGUCGGCGGCGUAAAUGUCGGCCUCCCAGUUUUGAUGACCAUGGGGGCGUUCUUGUCCAUUGCGCUGUACAAUGUCAUCGAGAUCACCGUCUUGAUUUUCAUCGUCUUUAAACAACGGAAGGGAAUGUACUUUUGGAGCUGCCUCACUGCCAAUUGGGGUAUCGUCCCUCACGCCGUUGGAUUUAUCCUAAAGUUCUUCCAGGUCACCACUUUAGACCUACUAUCAAGCGCCAUAAUUGGUGUUGGCUGGGCUUGCAUGGUGAUAGGACAAUCAGUCGUGCUGUAUUCUCGGCUGCAUCUGGUCGUUCAGGAUAAGACUAAGAUCCGCUGGGUACUAUGCAUGAUUGUCUUCAACGGUGUUGUUCUCGGCUGUCCCCUCAUCAUCCUGGCAUUGGGUACAAACUCUAAGCAAUCAGCUCGCUUCCUACCCGGCUUCCUAAUCUACGACAAGGUCCAAAUCGUGGUCGUUUCUGUCCAAGAGACCAUUAUUUCUAUCAUCUACAUCUACGAAACAGUACAUUUGCUAGGACCGGGCGGCGGCAGCAGUUCAAGACCCCUGAAGAAGUUACUUAUGCACCUUAUCUUCGUAAACGUCAUGGUUCUAGUCUUCGAUAUCACCCUCCUUGCUGUCCAGUUCUCCGGUCAUUAUGAGCUUCAGACGACGUACAAGACGGCCGUAUACAGCGUCAAGUUAAAAAUGGAAUUCUCUGUCCUCAACCGUCUAGUCCGCAUCGUCAAGCACAAGGACAUAACUAGCAAUCGAAGGGCUCUCGGCAGCAACACCCUUUCUCUUGGCGUCUGGACUGGAAACAAGAAGGCUCAAAUCAGCACUAGCCCACGCAGCCCGGGCGCCUCCGUCAAGAUCAACGAAAUCAGCUCGACAGGCGACAACAGCGAAGAUACGAAUGUGAGGACGUCUCAAAUAAGCAUCGACCGGGCGGAGACGGCAGGCACAGCGCUCCACACAAUCGAUUCCGAUUCAAAUGGGACAUGA